AUCCGCGCCUCACAGGGUUGUGCUGGAGGCUGGGACGCGGGGACCCUGCGCGGGCGUCCCCUAGGGCUGGUGCUCGCGGGCUGGGCUGUGCAGGCGUAGCCAGGCUCCCCGCGCCCCAAACCCGAGGGGGUCCAGGCAGUCGCCCCGCGACUGUGGCCGUAGCGGCACUGGAGGCGCGCGGGGGCCAGGGGCCGCUGGAGGAGCGCCCUCCUCUACGUGGCUGGUAAACCGUGGGUGCAUGAGGUUCGGUGAAAUACGCGCCACCACAGCGCCCUGCUGGCAGUAUUUAGCCUACCGGAAGCCGGAAGUGCGUCACAGAGGCUGCCCCAGGGGGCUCCCGGAAGCGCUCCUGGCGUUUGCCCUCCGGGUAGAGGACCUGCCAGCGUUAUGCGCAUGCGUCAGGUUAUCAAUUGAAGUAGCCCCGUUUGGUACAAUGUCGCAUAAAAAUCCGCUUUUGCAACUUUGGGGGGAGGUGGAAAGCGAGUCAUCAGGUGAUUCGGCUACGGAUGAUGAGUUGGAUCACGUAAGCCUAAGAAGUUUCGAUAGCGAGACCGAGCAAGAAAUGACAGAUAGAGAAGUAGAGGACGAAGACCUUGGUUCAGAGGAGGAGGACAACAGUAGUGUAAAUGACUAUUUGACUAGUCGAAAUGGAACAAAAUGGUCAUGUAUACCUGAACCACCCCUCGUUAGAGCUAGCUCAGAAAAUGUUAGGUUCUUGCCAGGGGUGAAACCCAUUGGACAGAAUGCCAACACUGUGAUUGAAUGUUGGAAAUUAUUUGUAACAGAUGAUAUGCUGCAGGAUGUUGUGAAAUACACUAAUAAUGAGAUCCAGCUAAAACGGUCCACAUGCACCAAUAGUAGUACCCAAAUGUGUAUCUACCAUGACACCUCGCUAUCUGAACUAAAAGCCUUCAUAGGUCUGUUGUAUAUAGCAGGACUUUAUAACCAUGAGAAUCUAAAGGAUUUGUGGAGAAGUGAUGGGUGCGGCGUUAAGAUUUUUAGAACAACAAUGACACUCCAGAGAUUUGGGUUUCUUCGAAAUUGCCUACGUUUUGACGACAGAGAGACCCGUCAAGCAAGAAAAAUCUCUGACAAUCUGGCUGCUAUUCGCUCGUUUUUUGAAACCUUUGUUUCCAAUUGUCAAGCAGUUUAUAAACCGUCUGAAUGCAUGACAGUUGACGAACAACUUGUAUCAUUUCGUGGUCGUUGCAGCUUUCGACAAUAUAUGCCAAAUAAACCUUCCAAAUAUGGUAUAAAAAUGUAUGCCCUGGUAGAUGCGAAGACAUUUUACACCUUGAAUUUAGAAAUUUAUCCUGGAACUCAGCCACCAGGUAUUUAUUCCUGCAGUAAUAAACCAUGUGAUGUUGUGAACAGACUUAUCGCACCUAUUUCAAAAAGUAACCGAAAUGUCACAUUCGACAGCUGGUUCACUAGUUACUCACUGAUGUUGCAUUUGCUAAAAGAACAUCAGUUGACCAGCACAGGAACUGUUCACAAGAACCAAGCAGAGAUUCCUGAAAAAAUGUUGCAAGUUCACAAUAGAGAAUUGUAUAGUACAAUCUUCGGAUUUCAGAAAGACAUAACAUUGGCCUCCUAUAUGGCAAAGAAAAACAAAGUUGUGUUGAUACUGUCAACCUUACACCAUGACGAUAAGAUUGAUAGUGAGUCUUCAACCCGAAUGAAGCCAGAAAUUGUCACAUUUUACAACAAGACAAAACGUGGAGUUGAUAUUGUGGACAAGUUAUGUAGUGAGUAUGACGUCUCUCGAAACACAAAGCGUUGGCCGAUGGUUGUGUUUUACUCCAUCCUAAACAUGUCAGGCAUAAACAGUAUCAUAGUUUACAAAGAAAACAACAAUCGCAAAAUAUCACAGAGGGAUUUUCUUAGAGAACUGGGACUGGAGUUGAUAAAAGAUCAGUUAGAACAGAGGAAGAACAGUAUGUAUCUGCCCAAAGAAUGCAAAAGAAUUCUGGAGCAGACCAGCGAACAGACAGGUGAAACUUCAGGAGAACCUCAUCAAACAGCAAGACUAGCGAGAUGUCAAGUGUGUCCUACAAAAAAAGACCGGAAAACGAAGCACAAGUGCUGUCUCUGUAAGAGAUACUUGUGUAUGGAACAUGCUGUUCGCAUGUGUGAAGACUGCCUUAGGUGUCAUCACUGACAGGAAGAUAAUUUUUAUUGUAGAGUUUUCUUUUCUUUUUUUGGUGGUACUGGGGGACUGAACUCACGACCUCACAUUUGCCAGGCAGGUGCUUAUGCCACUGAGCUAAAUCCUCAGCCCAUAGAGUUUUAUUUUCAUCUGUUCAUAUAGGAAUUUAUUUCUGUUCUUUUUUAGAUUUUAUAAACAGCAGUUGAUGUUCAAAAUGUUGAUGUUUAUUAUGAAUUUUUUUUUUUAUCUUUUUGAGACAGGGUCUCACUAUGCAGUUCAGGCUGGCCUUGAACUCACUUUGUAGCCCAGGCUGGCCUCAAACUCAGCCAUCCUCCUGCCUCAGCCUCUCAACUAUUAUAAAUCUUAAAUACUUUAAAACUUUCAAUAGUAUUAAAAAUGUAAUACUUAAUUGAUAUUUUAUUUUCCUGUUAAGUACACAUAUAUAAUAAAAAUAUCCUUUAAAAAAAAGCAAUACCAGUGAGGUGUCAAGUAUGUCCUACAAAAAAGAUAAAAUACAUGUGCUUAUUAUCACUGUAAGUGACACUCGUGUAUGGAACAUUCUGGUUUCAGAUGUGAAGACUGCCUUAUGUGUCAUAAUUGAAGUAAAGAUUUUUGGUGUACAGUUUUUAUUUUCAUUUUAGUUCAUAUAGGAAUUUUUUUUCAGAUUUUGUAACAAAAAAGUUGAUAUUGAAAAUGUCAGUUUAAUAUAAACUCAAUAAAUAUUAAAAAUUCAGUACUUUAUUGGUAUUUUAUUUUCCUGUGAAGUACACAUUGAAUAAUGCAAAACUCAUGAAUUUAAUAGAAAUACUUCUUAAAAAUAUAUAUGAAUGUUAGCAUCCUUAUACUCCUUUUCAGGAAAUUUAACUUAUGCACAAAUAAAGAACGAGGCAGUGAUUUCCGGCUGCUGCGUGCCUGGCUCUCAUCCCAGCGCAUCCCUGCUCUGGGUACAGCCAACUCCCCCGUGACUGCAGCACUGGCAGCAGGCUGGACUGAGCUCUGCCCUGUGCUCCACUAGCAGUGCCCUCCCCUUCUGAGUAAGAAGCAUUUUCCAAGGGCCUCCAGGUUUCAAAGGUCCAGCUGGUCUAAGAGGAAGGGGCUGGUGAGACUCAGGUCUCUGUCUGAUGAGGGGCCUGGGCUGUCCUCUCCUGUCUCUGUGACAUGGCUCCGCUGAGGCUUCCACCCACCAGCCUGCUCAGCUUCCCUCCUGGUCCUGCCUUUCCCUCCUCCUCCAGCAGGACAGAACAAGUCCCCCCCACCCCCACCCCCAAACCAAACCAAGCAGAGGCAGCACACACAGUGGGCUUUUGUCUCCUGACUGUCCUAGUGUCUUGUUCUUUCAAUUUCCAACAAGUCACUGUUAUGAUUUUUGUCUGGAUGUCCCCCACCCCAAGCUUUGUACCCUUGUAUAUGGGGCUUUUUUGGAGUCCCCUCUAGAGUAGAGUUUGAGAAUCUAGAGUUUGUGAUUGAUUCGUAGUGCCUUGCUGGGAUUAAGGGUGAGUGAGUGCUGGAUCAGUCCACUGAUUAGAUUGGUACCUCCUUAAUCUCUGCAGUCUGGAUGAAGAUAAAGAUUAAAGAAGGAAGCUUGUUUUCCCCUUUUUUGCUCUUGUUGCUUUUGCUGUCUUCUACCACCAUGAACUGUUAUUCCUCUGCCAUGCCACCCUGGCUUGGAGGCCUAAGGAUGGACUGAAACCUCUACAAACUGUGAGCUAAAUAAACCUUUCCUCUUUUAACUUUGGGUGUCUACUAAUUUGUCACAGCAAUGAGAGAAAUUACCAUCACUGUCCCCACUGUCGACUUCCCACUCAUUCGCCAGCUCCUGGGCUCUGCCUCCACCCCUCACUGAAGCAACCAGCCACUGACCAGCUACUAAAUGAGAAGGACAGGGUCAAACGCCCUGUGACCUUGCCCUCUUCUGAAUGACCAUCCUUUACCCCCCACUCUCUCUUCUGAGCGCUCCUUCCCAGUGUCCUUUGCUUCUUUGGCCUGAGAUUUUAGUGUCCCCAGGAUGACGAUUCCUUAUCUACUUUAUGUGCCCUGGUUCUGACUUCAUCUGCCCUAGGGAUGGGUCACAGCUCUAGACCAUAGCUCAGCUCCUGGUCUUGCCACUUAGGGCUUCUUUUUUGUUUGUUUUGUUUAUGUUUUUGUAUGUAGUUGGGAGCCUGGCCUUAAAUUUACCAUGUAGUCCAGGAUGGCCUUUGGCCAUCUUCCUGUGUCAGCCUCCUGAGUGCUGGGAUUACAGGAGUGGGCCACCAUGCCCAGCAAGUGUGUGCUUCUUUAUCUCUACCUAAUAAAAUCUGUCUAUGCCUAUUA